AUGACUCAACUACAAUUUGAACUAAAAUUGCUAGAAAGUCUAGCCGAUAAAGUUGUGAUCUUGACCGGCGCUGCGACAGGGAUAGGCCGCUCAGCCGUCCAACAGUUCUGCAAUAAUGGUGCCAAAGUAGUAUUUGGCGAUGUUGUCGAUGGCCCCUCCCGAGAACUGGAAUCUGAACUUGGCCCAAACGUCCACUUUGUCAAAUGUGAUGCCUCAAGUUAUUCAGAACAACUACAUUUAUUCAAGACCGCGUACGAGAAAUACGGCCGAAUUGAUAUCGUUGUCGCUAAUGCUGGGAUCGCCAUCCAUCAGGACUCUUUCAGUCCUGAUACCGAUAUCGAAAAAGAGCCACCCAUGGCCGAGGUCGAUGUCAACCUAAAAGGAUCUCUUUUCACCGUCCGUAUUGGAAUGCACUAUUUACGAAAGUGUGGUGGUGGUGAUAUAGUGAUGGUGAGUAGCAUUGCCGGGUUCAAAGAAGGUGAGGGGUUGGUCCCCUACACGGCCAGCAAGCACGGCGUCGUGGGGAUUAUGCGGGGCAUUCAUCUUACAGGAACUCGUGAAAACAUCCGAGUCAACGUGAUUUGCCCAUGGAUGACAAGUAUGAGACCCAUUUCACUUACCUGUCUCUACUUUGUAAGUUUUACGCUCGAGGCUAACAAGGAUUCAGAAACUCGCUUGGUUCUGGCAAUUGAACAAGGGUGGUACGAGCGGGGUUUACCUACAAACGAAGCUGCGGAUGUGGCCAAGUCGAUUCUACUUUGUGCCACUGCGAACCGGGGCUUGAAUGGGGUUACCCAUGGUGGGGCUCGUCUCCCCUUUGCGGGGAAGAUUGUUUUCGUGGCAGGUGGAGAAAGCUACGAGAUUGAAGAUCGAAUUAAGGACCUGGAGCCAAAGUGGCUUGGUGAGGAAAAUAGCAAGGUGCUUUUUAGGGGUCAGGAAUACCUUGCUGGGCACAGUUGGGAUGCAACAAAAGUGCUUGGAGGAAAAUUGUAG